AUGGUUCGUGAAUGCUGCCUCUACUGCCAUAAGUUGAUGGACCUUGGAUUCAUAUCUUCAGAUGAAUUCUUGGUGAAGGACAUCCAAUGGGAGGGGUUUCGACACAUCGUAUUUGCCACCAGAUACCAACUAGAACUCCUGGCAGAGACCAAGGUUUGGUACAUGGAUGGAACCUUUAAGAUUGUACCAGACUUCCUGAAGCCAAGGGGACAAUUGCUACAGUGGAUGAACCAUUCCGUCUUCCACCCAUCAUCAUGGACCGUCUACCGCCAGGCCGUCAGGACCAACAAUGAUGUAGAAGGUUGGCAUCACAGGGUUAACGGCAAAGCUGGACAUCGGGGAUGCACCUUCUACAAGCUUGUCCCUCUUCUUUUCCAUGAGGCAAAGUUGGUGGAGACUCGUGUGUCCAGCGAGAACCUCUUCAGGGAUGUAAGACAGUCAUCAUCUGCAACCCAGAAGAAAUUGACAGAGGCCUGGGAGCAGUAUGAUGCAGGACAGUUGUCAACUGGACACUUUCUACGGUUCUGCGGUACCGUGUAUGCUCCAUGCGAGUGACUUGAUACUACUGUGAUUUCCGGCUGUGCAAAUUAAGUGUGCGAGUGACACCCAUAGUGAACUAAUAGACUAUCACUAGUGCUUUGAAUUUGACUUUGAUAGUGCACCUACCUCCUCAAUCACUAGUGCUUUUUUUUAAAAUAUGUGUUGAUGUAUGUUGAUGUGUUUUCUCAAUAUUUUCUAU